ACAGUAUCUCGAUGGCGAUUGGACGGUAAACGCAAAGACGAUGCACCGAGCCGUGCUUAAUCUAAAAUGGCCGAAAUCGUGGCGUAGUGAGCAGGAUGUCUCCAGUAAAGGAUUGCGGCGCCUUGAGCUUCGUAAAAAAAGCAAGGGAGGUUUCUGUCUGCCACUUACGCUUUCGGGCAACCGAGAGCGAACAAGACUGCUAGGAUAAGCAAAUUACAGAGCAAACGAUGGAUUUAUUUAUCGCGUCUGUGGAUGGGAGAUAUAAGAAGGCGCAAAUGGCCCUUCUUGGCCACUCUUGCUUCGAUGGCAUGUGCUGUGUCUGUCUUGCCUAUGAGCAUUGCUAUUGCGGUUUAUCAUGAGACCUCGAACACUUCUCCUGGCCCAGACCUUCGGGUCCCUGAGCGCCAAUGCUCUUCCGAAGGGUGUUGAAGAACGCGAUUUGAUCGGCAUCAACACAAGCCUUCCCGACGCCCUCACGCUUAGCGAGCUAUACGGUGCUCCAGCCAAUGAUUUCACCUGCAAGAGCGAGCGCAACCCAGUCGUCAUGCUACACGGCCUAUCUGCCAACCGUGAGGUCGACUUGAACAUGCUCCAGUACGAGCUUAACCGUCGCGGCUACUGCACUUUCUCGAAGACGUACGGCGCAUGGCCACUGGUACCGUGGAUCGGUGGAUUGAGGACUAUGGCCGACUCAGCCAAGGACAUCGCAGAUUUCGUCAAGGAGGUUAAGGAUAAGACCGGUGCAUCCAAGGUCGAUAUCGUAGGGCACUCCGAGGGAGGUGUCCAGUCUAUCUACGUCCCGAUGACGCAGCCUGGCAUCUCGGACAUUGUAGAGCAUCUCGUGGCGUUGGGGCCAGCCAUCCACGGCGCGAAAUACUACGGCUUCACGGACCUGUGGUAUAUCGGCGGGAACGUCACCAGAGCGCUUGCUAAAGUUGUCCAGGAUGCGCUCGGGUGUCCUGCCUGCGAUGAUAUGAUGACCGGCGGUGCGGUGUACACUCAAUUCCAACGUAAUGCGGGACACAUCGCACAGCCCGGUAAUAAGGUGACGGUCAUCAUGUCCAAGUCGGAUACACUGGUGGCGCCGGAUGUCAGUGAGAUCAAUGAGGCGGGGGUGAAUAAUGUCUUCGUCCAAGAUACAUGUCCUGAUGAUACGGUCGGACAUGCAGGUCUCAUGUGGGACAAGAGCGUGUGGCGCUUGAUUGUAAAUGCGCUGGAGGAGAACACUGAUGCUGUUUUCGCUUGCGACAAGGGACUUCCGAUCUAAUUUAGGUACUUGAUCGCUGGAACUUUAUGUAUAUAGUUACUCAAUGAUAGAUGUAAAAAUACAAAAAGAUAUAAAUGAUAUACUAUGAUGUACUAUGAUGGAGUAUAAGAUUCUAUAUUGAAAUGCAACCUAGAAG